AUGUGCGAUAGUUAUCCCCUACCGAGGACAGAAGAUUUAUUUGCAACUUUGGCCGGUGGACAGAAAUUCACUAAACUGGACUUAGCAUUUGCCUAUCAGCAAUUACUUCUUGACAAAAGUUCCUGUGAAUUAUUGACAGUAAACACCCAUCGAGGUCUUUUUGAACCUAUACGAUUACAAUUUGGAGUACACUCAGCAUCCGGAAUUUUUCAACGAGAAAUUGAGAAGCUGAUUGGCAAUUUACCAUUUACCAAAGUUCGAGUUGAUGACAUUUUAGUCUCAGGACGGUCGGAUGAGGAGCAUUUAAAAAACGUUGAAACGGUUUUACAUAUACUGGAAAAAGCAGGACUAAAAUUGAAAGAAAACAAAUGUGUAUUCAUGUCACCCGAAGUUGAAUAUCUGGGUUUUAAGUUAACAAAGGAUGGAGUGGUACCGCUUGAGGACAAACUUAACGCUAUCAGGAAUGCUCCUGAACCUAAAGACACUACCCAGGUAAAAUCGUUCCUUGGCAUGAUCAACUAUUACCACAGACAUUUACCAAACCUAGCAACGAUCGUAGAGCCACUCCAUAGACUUCUGAGAAAAGGCAUUCUUUGGUUGUGGGGCAUGAAAGAACAGACAGCCUUUGACAGAGCCAAAGCGGAAUUAUGUUCACCUAAAUUGUUGAUGCAUUAUGAUCCAAAAAAGGAGCUAAUCUUGUCUUGCGACGCAUCACCUUAUGGAAUCGGAGCAGUGCUGGCACAUGUCACAUCUGAGGGGAGUGAAAGACCGAUUACUUACAUAUCUAGAACGCUAUCUGCAGCUGAACGAAAUUAUUCUCAAAUUGAGAAAGAAGCAUUAUCUAUUGUAUUUGCCGUAAAGAAGCUGCAUCAGUAUUUAUAUGGGAGAUAUUUUACUCUAGUGACGGAUCACAAGCCUUUGUUGGGUUUAUUGGCUGAGGGAAAACCUAUUCCAGCCAUGACUGCUGCAAGGAUUCAGCGUUGGGCGUUAACCCUUUCUGCUUACAACUAUUGUUUGAAAUACCGUAGCGGGGCUACACAUGGAAAUGCUGACUGCAUGAGCAGGUUGCCGAUUAAAAACACUGAGUCAUCAGUCGCAGAGAAUGUAAUAUUAAUGAUGGAACUAUCCAGCACACCAGUCUCAGCCAAAGAUGUAAAAAUCCAAUCAGCACGAGACCCAAUCAUAAGUCGGGUGUUAGAUGGUGUUCUUAGUGGAUUGCAGCUUCCCAAUGAAACAGGAUUUAAACCUUUUAUAGCGAGAAAAUAUGAGUUAGGAGUCGAAGGAGGAAUUCUGAUGUGGGGAAACUGGGUUGUAAUACCCGCAUCGUUACAGGAGGUGAUAUUGAAAGAGUUGCACAGUGCCCAUCCGGGUGUGGUACGCAUGAAAGCUUUAGCAAGGAGUUACGUGUGGUGGCCUAAUAUGGACAAAUCGAUUGAGGAAACGGUGCGCCGCUGCCGUUUGUGUGAAUUGCAUCAAAGAAGCCCUGAAAGUGCGCCAAUUCAUUAUUGGGAAUAUCCGAGUAAACCCUGGAGUAGAAUACACCUUGAUUAUGCAGGUCCAUUUUUAGGACACAUGUUUUUAAUCGUAUGCGAUGCUUAUUCAAAAUGGAUUGAGGCAAUAGUGAUGAAAAACGUUAAAUCCGAAAACCUUAUCGAGCAAUUGAGGAGUGUAUUUGCGAUUCAUGGGGUUCGUGAGGUAAUAGUUAGUGAUAACGGAACUUCGUUUAGCAGUGCUGCUUUUGCUGAAUUUGUCAAAAGAAAUUCAAUAAGACAUAUUUUCACAGCCCCGUAUCAUCCUUCUUCGAACGGGCAAGCCGAACGUAUGGUGCAAACAUUCAAGGAAGCGAUGAAAAAGUUGACCGCUCAACAAGGCAAUUCUAUUGAAACUACGGUGAAUCGAUUCUUAUUUUCAUACCGAAUCACCCCUCAUUCGACCACCGGAAUAUCACCGGCAGAGCUUUUAAUGAAAAGAAAAUUACGUAGUGCGUUUCAAGGCCUAAAACCGGAUCUUAAUAAUAGUGUGAAAGAAAAGCAAGAAAGAGCUGAAAAGCUCAGUAACAGAAAAGCACACUUAAGGAAAUUCGACUGUGGAGACCAGUUGAUGGCAAAGAAUUUCGGAAAUGGUCCGAAGUGGAUACCGGGACGAAUUAUAAAGCAGAAGGGACCAGUCAAUUUUGAAAUCCUUACCGACGACGUAGUCAUUCAUCGACACAUUGAUCAAAUACGACUGCGAUUUUCCGAUUUACCGGAAUACGAUUCGAAUCCCGUAAUAACAUUUCCGGAACCCACUAACCCUCAACCACCAGUUAAAAAUUUGUCACUAAACCCGUUUUCGCUGCAACCAAAUACGUCUAUCGCGAAGGAACUACCAUCCACGGAGGAAUCGACAGCCAGCAAUGCAGUGCAAAGUUCCACAGAAAGAGACGAGGCUAGCAAACUUCCCUCCGAGAUGGAAUCGAGUUUUGCACCAGUGGAAACACGCAAAUCAGGGCGACUUCGACAGAGGCCAAUACGAUUCCGGGAUGAUGAAUAA